GUCAGUAUAAGUCAGUUAGAAAACUCGUGCGUGUGUGGUUGCAGCUAGGGUGGGAAAACAAAACAAAAUCUAAAAAUUAUUAGUUUUAUAAUUUAAUUUGGAACUGUUAUUUUGCUGAAAUGGCGGCUGAUAACACUGAAGCACAGCUUCAAGUGAGAUUUGUAACCAAACAAGAGCAAUAUGCUGUUUCCGAUAGUCCGUAUGCAAUUCAAAGCAAUGUUCAGUCAUCGGAACUCAACACAUUAUUAAAUGCUUUAUUGAAAGAAACAAACAGUUCUAUUGAGAGAGCUGUUGAUUUUGAUUUCUUGGUAUGCGGCGAACUACUUUGUUCGACCCUAGCAGAACACCUGCGGGAAAAGGAAGUGUCCACGGAAGAAACCAUAGAGGUCGAAUAUCUGGAAAGGUUUCCUGCACCCUCACCUCAAGAUUGUUUGAUGCAUGAUGACUGGGUAUCAGCUGUACAAGCCCAUGGUAACUGGAUCUUAUCUGGUAGCUACGACAACAGCAUCCACAUUUGGAGUACUAAAGGGCAACACAAGCUGGCUAUACCUGGCCACACAUCACCUGUCAAGGCUGUGUCAUGGGUCUCCUUUGUGAACGAUCAGGGUAUAUUUGUGAGUGGGUCACAUGAUCAGUCUGCAAUGUUAUGGGUUUGGAAUGUCAGCCGAAACUCAGUGGACUGCGUGGUGACAUGUCGUAGCCAUGAAAAAGGCAUAGAGUGUAUUGCUGUCUCAGCAGAUGGACAGAAGUUUGCAACAGGAGGAUGGGACAAUAAUAUCUGCCUAUGGAGUGCCGGUUUAUCUGAAGAUGAGAGUGCACCAGCCAAGAAAAAGAGUAAACCAGAGCACGUGAAAACAAGAGAAUCUCUGGCCACACUGAAAGGUCACAGGGAAGCUGUGUCCGGAGUAAAGUGGAUGGAUUUUAACACUGUCCUGUCUAGUGGCUGGGACCACCUGCUGAAGUUGUGGGACUGUGAGCUUGGCGGCAUCAAACAGGAGAUCGCUGGCAACAAAGCAUUCUUUGAUGUUGACUGGUCACCUCUCAACAACAAUAUCAUCACAGCCUCGGCCGACAGACAUCUACGAUUGUAUGAUCCUAGAUCUACCGAGAGCAUAGUUAAGGCGACAUUCACAUCUCACACGGGAUGGGUGCAGUCUGUCCGCUGGUCAACGACCCGCGACACUUUGUUCUUGUCUGCUGGCUACGACGGCCAAGUCAAACUGUGGGAGACUAGAAGUCCAAGAACGCCUUUAUAUGAUCUGAGCGGUCAUGAAGACAAAGUGCUCUGCUGUGAUUGGUCCAAUCCGUCUCUCCUCAUCAGUGGUUCGUGUGACAACACCCUUAGAAUAUUUAAGGCGAAACCGGCAGUCGGCGACGCGUAACGUAAGGCCUAAUGUUUUGUUUUAUGUGUAUAAAUAUAUAUAUAUAACAGUUCUUAUUUA